CAAUCAUGAUUGUGUCUUCCACAGGAAAAGAAAAAUCGAAUAUAUUUUUUUUGUUCAAGUGAUUUUUGUGCAUUGAAAAAAUGGCGAAAACGGUAAUGAUCACUGGCAGCUCCCGUGGAAUCGGACUCGCGCUCGUCAAGGAAUGUCUUUCAUCUGGACUUCAGGUUAUUGCCACGUGCAGGAAUCCAAGUGCAGCUACCGAGCUUGCUGAUUUACUGAAAUCGAAGAAUCAGGCCCCUGCGAUAAAAUUGGACGUUGAAGAUCGUGCGAGUAUUAAGGAUGCUUUUGCUGAAGCCAAGAAAAUCUCUCCUACUCUGGAUAUCCUUAUCAAUAACGCGGGUGAGUUUCAUUUCUGGUGGAUGUUCUGCUUGCAACAACCGGGGUACAACCACUUGGUUGAAGCCAUUGGCCUUCUUCGCGACGACAAAUCCAAUCCAUCCAUUGUGGUCAACAUGACGACAGCCAUGGCAUCUAUAGCCGAAAAUGGAUCCGGCAAAUUGACUGCGUAUCGCUGCUCAAAAGUCGCACUCAACAUGCUCAAUAUGAACUUUUCGCAAGAGAAACCCGGCGUGGUAUGGAUCGCUGUGCAUCCGGGUUGGGUCGACACUGACAUGGGAAGAUCCAGUGGAGCCCCUCCGCCAUUGAGUCCCCAGGAUUCUGCCUCGGGCAUUUUGAAAACGGUGUUGGGUUCGAAAUUGAGUGAUUCGGGCGCGUUCUUGCGAUACAACGGAGAGAAGAUCCCGUGGUAA